AUGGCUAGUGUUUCCUAUCAAAUCGCAAAUCUUCUUGAGAAGAUGACAUCAAACGACAAAGACUUCAGGUUUAUGGCCACAAAUGAUCUUAUGACUGAAUUACAAAAAGAUAGUAUAAAACUUGAUGAUGAUUCAGAAAGGAAAGUUGUGAAAAUGUUACUUCGUUUGCUAGAAGAUAAGAAUGGAGAAGUUCAAAAUCUAGCAGUGAAAUGUCUUGGUCCAUUGGUAAAUAAAGUUAAAGAAUAUCAAGUGGAGGGAAUUGUAGAAACACUUUGUGCAAAUAUGCUUUCAGACACAGAACAAUUAAGAGAUAUUAGUAGCAUUGGCUUAAAAACUGUUAUAUCAGAACUACCUUUAGGUUCAAAUACUCUUGCUGCAAAUGUUUGUAAGAAAAUUACUGGAAGAUUAGGUAGUGCAAUCGAAAAGCAAGAAGAUGUAUCUGUCCAAUUAGAGGCUUUGGAUAUUUUGGCUGAUUUGCUGAGCAGAUUUGGAGGGUUGUUGAUUUCUUUUCAUCCAAUGUUGCUCAAUUCCUUACUUCCUCAGCUGGCUUCUCCUCGUCAGGCUGUACGCAAACGCACAAUAGUAGCAUUAUCACAUCUGGUCAUGUCUUGUAAUGCAGCACUUUACAAUAAACUUAUUGAUCAUCUGUUAGACGGUCUGAGUUCAUCAACAUUAUCCAGUGUCAGCCGUACUCACAUACAAUGCAUUGCUUCUAUUUGUCGGCAAGCUGGUCAUAGAUUUGGUGAACAGCUGUGGAGAGUGGCACCAGAAGUUUUAAAGCAUUCUACUGAUACCGAUGAGGAAUUGCGUGAGCAUUGCUUGCAAGCAUUAGAAGCCUUUGUACUUAAGUGCCCUAAGGAAGUACAGCCCCAUAUCCCAACAAUUAUCGAUUUAUGCUUGAAAAUGAUCACAUAUGAUCCAAAUUACAACUAUGAAGAUGAUGAAGAGAAUGGAGGUGGUGAAGAUGAAGAGAUGGAGGAUGAAUCUUUUGAACCAGAUGCAGAUCCGGAAUCUGACUCCGAAGAAUACUCUGAUGAUGAUGAUAUGUCUUGGAAGGUGAGGCGUGCAGCAGCUAAAUGUCUCGAGUCAGUAAUAUCAACUCGACAUGAAUUAUUGCCUGAAAUGUAUAAAACUGUAUCUCCAGCUCUAAUUGCAAGAUUCAAAGAGCGCGAGGAGAACGUGAAGUGCGACAUCCUGAGCGCGUACACGGCGCUGCUGCGCGCCACGCGGCCGCCGCCCGCGCUGCACGCGCUGGCGCCCGCCGACGGCGAGCCGCAGGCCUUGCUGCUGCAACGGGUACCGGGUGUCGUGCGCGGUGCCCUGCGCGUGAUCCGCGGGCGCAGCGUGCGCGCGCGCGCCUGCGCGCUGGCGCUGCUGCGCGAGCUGCUGGUGGCCGCGCCCGGCUGCCUCACCGACUACGCCUCGCGGGUUAUACGCACGCUCACGCCGGCGCUUACCGACAAAGGCACGGCGUCGUCAAUGAAGAUCGAGACGCUGGUGUUCGUGGUGUGGCUGGUGCGCGGACACGCGGCGCGCGCCAUGCGGCCGCACGCGGCGGCGCUGCUGCCCGCCGUGCUGGCCUGCGUGCGCGACCCCUUCUACAAGGUCACGGCCGAGGCGCUGCGCGUGCUGCAGACGCUCGUCAAGGUCAUGCGCCCGCUAGAGAGCAUCGAGAACGGUACGGAGGAGCCGUCGGAGGAGUUGCGGCGCUUCGUGCCGGCGAUGUACGAGUGCGCGCUGGUGCGCCUGCGCGCCGCCGACAUGGACCAGGAGGUGAAGGAGCGCGCCAUCGCCGCCUGCGGACAGCUUAUAUGCCACUUUGGGGAUUAUUUAGAGAAUGAGCUGCCAGUAUGUCUACCUAUAUUUUUGGAGAGAUUACGCAAUGAAAUUACUCGCUUGACUACUGUUAAAGCCCUUACUAAAAUUGCCGCAUCACCACUACAUAUCGACUUGCGGCCUAUAUUGUCUGAUGUUGUCCCUAUACUCGGUUCAUUCCUGAGAAAGAAUCAAAGAGCUUUGAAAUUAUCUACAUUAGUGUUAUUGGAUACUCUUGUUCAAAACUAUAGCAAUGCUAUUAGUAUAGAGCUACUAAGUAAGGUGCUAAUGGAGGUGCCGGCGCUGGUGGCGGAGGCGGACCUGCACUGCGCGCAGACGGCGCUGGCGCUGGUGCGCGGCGCGUGCGCGCGCUGCCCCGCCGCGCUCACGCCCGACGCGCGCGCCGCGCUCACGCCCAACAUCCUGGCGCUCGCGCGCUCGCCGCUGCUGCAAGACCGAUAUCUAACUGCGGUCGGCGGUCCUGUAAUGUGCGUGCGAUGUGCAGGCGGCGCGCUGAAGGCGAUGGUGGGCGUGCUGUCGGCGCUGGUGGCGGCGGACGUGGCGGGCUGCUCGCGCCGCGAGCUGCUGGCGCUGCUGGUGGCGCCCGUGCACGCCGCCGCCGACCACGCCGGCACGCCGCAUCACAUCAAACAGGCGUACCACUCGCUGGCGAAGUGCGUGGCGGCGGUGGUGGUGGCGGGCGGCUCGGACGCGCUGGACAUCACGCGCGGCUUCCUGCGCGACGCGGCGCACCCGCCCUCCGACACGCAGCACAUGUUCGCGCUGCUCGCGCUCGCCGAGAUCGGCAGGCAUUUAGACCUCAGUUCCAUACCAAACUUGAAGGAAGUGCUCCUGAGCUCGUUCACGCCGUCGUCUGAAGAAGUGAAGUCCGCGGCGAGCUACGCGCUGGGCUCCGUCGCCGUCGGCAACCUGCCCGAGUUCCUGCCCUUCAUACUCAACGAGAUUGAAGCACAGCCAAAGAGACAGUAUCUGCUUUUACAUUCAUUAAGAGAGAUAAUUGCGUGUGAAUCGUGUACUCCUGAGGGUGUGGAGGCUCUCAGACCAUUCAUCCCCGAGAUAUGGGUGCAGCUGGCCAAACACUGCCAGUGCACGGAGGAGGGAUCUCGUAAUGUCGUUGCUGAAUGUCUAGGAAAAUUAUGCCUUUUAGAGCCUCAAGAUUUACUGCCUCAUUUGAAAGAGUUUUUGAAGUCACCUGAGCCACUCACAAGGACUACUGCUGUCACUGCUGUCAAAUUUACAAUUUCCGAUCAGCCGCAAGCGAUCGACGGCAUGCUGCGCGCGUGCAUGGCGGAGCUGCUGGUGCCGCUGCGCGACGCGGAGCUGGGCGUGCGCCGCGUCGCGCUCGUCGCCUUCAACUCCGCCGCGCACAACAAGCCCUCGCUCGUGCGCGACCUGCUGCCCGCCGUGCUGCCCAACAUAUAUGCCGAGACUAAAGUUAAGAAAGAGCUGAUAAGAGAAGUGGAGAUGGGCCCGUUCAAGCACUCCGUGGACGACGGGCUGGACCUGCGCAAGGCGGCGUUCGAGUGCAUGUACACGCUGCUGGGCACGUGCCUCGACCGCCUCGACGUGCACGAGUUCCUGCGCCACGUGGAGGACGGCCUGCGCGACCACUACGACAUCAAGAUGCUCACGCACCUCAUGUGCGCGCGCCUCGCGCAGCUCUGCCCCGCCGUCGUGCUGCAGAGGUUAGAGAGCCUGGUGGAGCCGCUCCGCGCGACGUGCACCAUGAAGGUGAAAGCGAACUCCGUGAAGCAGGAGUACGAGAAGCAGGACGAGCUGAAGCGCUCCGCCCUGCGCGCCGCCGCCGCCCUGCUCCAGAUACCGGACGCCGACAAAAACCCCCACCUAAUGGACUUCGUGACUCAGAUCAAAUCGUUCCCGGACCUACAGCCCAUCUUCGAGUCUAUCCUGAAGGACUCUACAGGCGCCGUCGACUCCAACCUAAUGGACCAGAGC